AACAUUUACAACAACAAGUGCAACAGCACUUAUUGCUUUGAGACUUAAGAUCAAAGGUUUGAAAAAGUGGAUCGCGGAAUUAAAUGGCACUGGAUUCUUACUAUGACGAAUACGAAACCUGGAACUUAUAGGUCUUCGGCUAGCCUUAUAAUAGCCGCGAAAGAGGAUUCUUUAGAGGACUACGACUACAGAUUAUUAUUGAUCAAACGAACUGAAGGAACUUCCUAUGCAUCGAACCAUUGCGUUUUUCCUGGCGGUGUCUUCGAUUCCGUAGAGGAUCUAUCUGCGAAAUGGAUAACUUUUCUUAAAUCCUUUGGAGUGACCGAUGAACAAUUGAAAAUGUGUAGUCACAAUCAGGAUUCUCCAAGGCCGGAGUUUCUGUCUGGUGGCGACCAUUUUUCAAAGGACAUCGCACUGCGACUGACUGCGCUCAGGGAAACCUUUGAAGAAGUGGGCAUCUUGAUUUGCACCGAACAGGAACACUUACGAAAAUGGGAUUCUAAAUCAGGUUAUCCUAGAACCUUUCUUCUCGAGCCAAACGCACGCUCCCAAUGGCAACAUCGGGUUCAUAAUGAUGCCUCACAGUUCCUUGAACUCUUCAGGCAUCAUAAAGUCAUUCCCAAUAUCUGGUCUCUUCAGGAAUGGUCCAUUUGGAGGACAGCUGCCACUGCCAAUCGGAAAUAUGACACUGUUUAUUACAUCACCAUGUUGGAUGAGCACACCAAGAAUAUAAAUCUGCUUCUGGAACCGCAUGAGGUGGCUUCAGCCCACUGGAUUAGUCCGACCGAAGCUUGGUCGAGCUCCCAGAAAGGCAUAAUUUGGCUCCCGUUCAUGCUGCUCUAUGACAUCGCUCGUCUGAUGAACCUAUGUAGUUUUAAGGAGCUUUUCAAUUUUUCCCGCCGAAGGAGUUACAAGGGAUCCACAAUGGUGCAGCCCGUUUACUAUCGCUGCGAUGACUGCAUGUUUGGAGUUCUUCCUGGUGAUGAGCUCUAUCCCGAGGAUCCAGGCGCUUGUACACAGACAAUUGUCUUGUCGGGAUCGGUAGAGGACAUUCAUCGAAAGGCCAGGCAAUACAAUCGCUAUAUCAUCUACGACUUCCACAAAGUCGUACUGGCUUCUAAUGUACCGCCCAGCGAUGGACAUCUGCCACUGCAGUCACUCGUUAAUAACAAGCUAGCCAAGUUGUAGUUAAAGAAUAUAGUUUUAA